CCCGCACACCCGGAAGCGCCACGUCCCUGGGGCGCAGCGUCGGUGAGUCGCCUCCGCGGACCGGGACCGCCAUGGGCAGCUCAGCCCCGCGCCCCGCCUCCGCGCCGCCCCCGCUGCUGCUCGCGCUGCUGCUCCUGCUGCGGGCCGAGCGGCCGCGGGGCGCCGAGCUCACCUUCCAGCUGCCGGACAGCGCCCAGCAGUGCUUCCACCAGGACGUGGAGCGGGGCGCCCGCUUCUCCCUGGAUUACCAGGUCAUCAGCGGAGGCCACUUCGACGUGGACUGCUCCGUGCAGGACCCGCUGGGCAGCACCGUCUACCGCGAGACCCGGAAGCAGUACGACAGCUUCACGCACCAGGCCGCGCACACGGGCGCCUACCGCUUCUGCUUCAGCAACGAGUUCUCCACCUUCUCCCACAAGACCGUCUACUUCGACUUCCGCGUGGGCGACGAGCCCCCCAUUCUGCCAGAGAUGGGGAGCAAGGUCACAGCGCUCACCCAGAUGGAGUCGGCCUGCGUGACCAUCCACGAGGCCCUGCGGACGGUGAUCGACUCCCAGACGCACUACCGGCUCCGGGAGGCCCAGGACCGGGCCCGGGCCGAGGACCUGCACAGCCGGGUCUCGUACUGGUCGCUGGGCGAGACCCUCGCCCUGUGCGUGGUGGGCGUCAGCCAGGUGCUGCUGCUCAAGAGCUUCUUCACCGAGAAGCGGCCCGGCGCCAGGGCGGCCCGCUCCUAGGGGGCGUCCUGGCCGGCCCUCGCCCCCAGGAUGGGGCCGCUCCCCGAGGCCGCAGGCUCUCACCUCCCCUUCCCGUCAGAGGCUCCACCCUUGCCCCCCGCUGCUGGGGCUCGGGACCGCGAGGCUGGACGCAGCAGCCUGCGGGCCACGGCGGGCUCCCUGCUCCAUCCUCAGCCGGGGUGUCCUGUCCGUGUGGAGAGGGGGAGGGCCUCCGUCCGGCCUCGCCUCCCGCGGAGCUCGGCCCAGGGAACCCGGCAGGAGGGGAGCGGGGACGGUGCGGGUGGCUGUGUGUCCGCCAGGAGGGGGAGGCGGCUAAUAAAGAUGCAGCGAGCGAGCGCC